AUGGGAGUGGCCGAGGCAGAGAUCGGCAAGAGUCCUGGCUUUGAGCGAGCUUGUGUUAAUGUGCUGCUGGGUCGUGAGGGAUCGCUGUCUGACGAUGAAAAGACUGUGCUUGAGCCGCUAACCGCGGAAGACGCUUCUCCAUCAAGCUCGUCGGAGACAACGGCAGUAGACUGUACACGUAAAGGUAUGCACGUCGACGCCCAGGAGCGUGUUGAGCGCAAAAGGAAGCGUCCUGAGAUGUUGAUCAAUUAUUGCAGUACCAAAAUGGAUUGCCACCGGGGCAGCCACGACAAGGCAGCGUAUCAGCAACGUGUCGACCCUUGCGCCGUACUGAGCUACAAGUGGUUCUGCCAGGAGGUCGAGCUGCUGCAGAGGAGGUCGCACGAAGUGGCAAGCGAGCAGGACGCGGGGGAUACGAAGCUGCACUUGGAUGAAGACUCGUACCUCGUCUCAACGGGAAAUGUACGGCAAUUAGGACGCGAUGAAGACGAAAAGAGUGGGAAGGAGUUGACUGGGGACAUUGACGAAUUGCUGUUGGAUGAAGAGGCUGGUAAGUACAUCAUCUACAACAACCUUUGGAACAAGAAUGCCGCCACCUCCGGCAGUCAAUGCACAGGCGUCGACAGUGUGGGCAGCUCGAUGACCGACGGUGCAAAUGACGACCCGCUAGUUGCCGUGGUUGGUGAGAGGUUAAACCCAGGUCGACGUGAAGUUGGUGUACGCAGUGAACGAGAACGUCGAGAACGAAAAAACGAGUUGCAGUGGCAGCGGCAGGCUGUACGGAUGGAGCCGCACGCUGUAAGUGGUGAACAGCAGGCUACAUUGGCUGGUGAGGUCAGUGAGGCCGAACAACUACGUGUAAAUUUUGCAGCCAGUGAGCACCUGUCGACAAUUAGUGCUGCUAGCGACCGAAGCUUGGCCGACCGAAUACCCACACAGCAACGUCAACAACGCGUAGAUGACCACAGGAAACAGAACGAUCGGCAAUGCUGUACGACGACGCUACCGUUCGACGGGUUCUCCGUGCAGCUCACGAAGGCCAAGAUUGGCGCGAUGUCGCGCCAUCGUCAAGCUAUUCUACGCGUCCCACCGCACCUCACCAUCAAGGCGCACCGUGAAAGCUACCUAAAGCUGGCUGCAGACCUCCUCGUACUCGAAGCUAUCACCCCAGAACUUUGCUACAAGUGCUCGUUGCACACCAUGAAGUUCCAUGCGCGUGCGAUCCAGAUGAAAGAUAUGCCUGUAGGAGAAUAA